AGUUGCCACCAAAUCCGUGCUCUCCGUCGCCAUGUGGCCCUGGAGCUAUCUGCCGUGCCAAGGGCGCGGGCGCGUCUUGCGAAUGCGAGCCGGGUCUGCGCGGCGAUCCUUACACUGGAUGCCGACCGGAAUGUCUCGCGGAUUCUGACUGUUCACCGACCAGAGCUUGCAUUCGUUCGCAUUGCCGUGACCCGUGUCAAGGCACUUGCGGCGUUGGAGCCGAUUGCGAAACCGUCAACCACAUCCCACUAUGUUCUUGUCCACCGGGAACUAGAGGAAACGCUUUCGAAAGAUGUGAAAAGAUCGUUGCAGCGCCCCCAUUAUGCAAUCCAUCCCCAUGCGGUCCUGGUGCAAUUUGUACGGAGUCUGGCAACAGUGCAGUAUGUUCAUGUCCAAGCGGUACCAAUGGCGACGCAGCCUCCACUGGCUGUCGGCCAGAGUGCGUGGUCAGCUCAGAAUGUACACGCGAUCGAGCUUGCGUUCGAAACAAAUGUGUCGACCCGUGCAUUGGCGUAUGUGGUAAUGGAGCCAUGUGCCGCGUCUUCGAUCAUGCACCUAUUUGUUCGUGUCCACCAUCAUCUACUGGAAAUCCAUUCUCAGAAUGUGUGAUUAGAGAUAUCACUAAGCCUGUUGCGCAUGACCCGUGCGAUCCCAAUCCUUGUGGCCCUCAUGGAAUUUGUCGCAACGGAUUCUGCACAUACCCUGAGUGUAUUGUCAACGACGACUGUCCUGGAGAUCGCGCCUGUAUCAACAGGAAAUGCGCUGAUCCCUGCGUUAACGCGUGCGGUUUGAACGCUAUUUGCACAGGCAUUCGACACGGUCCUGUCUGCUCAUGUCCAGCUGGUUACACAGGUUCUGCCUUUGUGCGUUGCGAGCGUAUAGUCAUUCCAUCACCACCCUUGCCGAAACCCGAAUGCGUUACUGAUGAAGAGUGUGCCGAUAAUGCAGCCUGCGUCAACGCUCGUUGUUUACCGGUAUGUGGACCUAAUAACUGCGGACUCAACGCACGUUGCAUUGCCAGGAAUCAUAGAGCUCGUUGCACAUGUUUACCUGGUUACGAAGGCGAUGCGUACACUGGAUGCUACUCAGUACAAUGUCAUAGCAACAACGACUGCCCAGACGAUCAGAGUUGUGAAGGUGGAUCCUGUAUAAACGUGUGUUCACGCGUACGCUGCGGAUUUGAGGCACAUUGCGUUGCACGAGGCCAUACGGCUUCUUGCGAAUGCAAUGAUGGAGCGCGCGGCAAUCCUUGGACGCAAUGUCGCAGAGACGAAUGUACAUCGGAUGAUGACUGCCCAACUUGGUUAGCAUGCCGAAGUGGCACCUGCAGCGAUCCUUGUAUCGGAGCAUGCGCGCCAAGCGCCUUGUGCACAGUGACGCGUCACUUGCCAACCUGUGAAUGUCCAAGAGGCACCCGCGGCAAUGCUAAAAUCGAAUGUAAACCAGUGACAUAUGAUGAAGGUUGUAAAUAUGACGCUGAAUGUGGUCCCGAGCUAGCUUGUCUACAAGGACUCUGUAGAAAUCCUUGCGAGCCAACAUCAUGCGGAAUCCGUGCUACUUGUCGUGUGGCCAAUACUUUACCUUUCCGUACGCUUGUGUGUGAAUGCCCAAAACCUCUCACUGGAGACGCUUCAGUCCAGUGUAACCCAAGAGGUGAAUGUAGCACAGAUGAUGAGUGCAGCUCGGACGGGAGAUGCUUGAACGGGCGCUGCGUGAGCGCGUGCGGACCGGGCGCGUGCGGUAUCGGCGCCGAGUGCCGCGCGGAGGCACAUCGUGCCUCCUGCGUAUGCGUGCCGCCCCUGCGCGGCGACCCGCAAGUAGCCUGUACACCAGCAGAAGAAUCAACUGUAGAAUGCAGUGUAGACUCGGAGUGCAGCAGUUCAGAGGCGUGCGUAUCGCGGCAGUGCGUAUCCGCGUGCGCAGGCGCGUGCGGCUCGGGUGCCCUCUGCGACGCCGACCAGCACCGCGCGCUAUGCUACUGCCCGCCCGGCACCGCCGGCGAUCCCGCGCGUCUCUGCUACACACCGGAAUGUACAUCUGAUGAUAACUGUCCUUUCGAUAAAAGCUGCAUUAAUGGCUACUGUAAAGAUCCAUGCGCCGUCGGCACUCCUUGCGGACGCGAUGCUGUCUGUGAUGCCAUUGCUCACGUUGCCACCUGUCGCUGCCCACCUGGAACUCAAGGAGAUCCUCGUCGCGCUUGCAUUUCGGGAGUGUGCCAUUACAAUGAAGACUGCGACGACACACAAAUAUGCCACCGACUCAACCAUGUCUGCCAACCAGUUUGCUCUGACAGUGCAUGCGCACCAGGCGCCAUUUGCUCACCACAAAACCAUAGAGCCGUAUGCAGUUGCCCGCCGGGUCGCAGUGGCGACGCUUAUUUACGUGGUUGCGCUACUGUUGGAGUAACAAAAGAAUGCGCUACUGACGCUGACUGUUCUUCACCACUUGCUUGUGUCAACGCGCGUUGUAGCGAUCUAUGUCUAAGUAACCCAUGCGAAGAUGGCCUCAAUUGUAACAUAGUUGACGUGCUGCCCUUGCGUGCCGUGGCUUGUAUAUGCCCAGAUGGUGGACGAGCCGCAACUGGUAACGGAUGCAAGACUCCACCGGAAGCAGAAUGUUCCGUCCAUUCUGAUUGUGCCAGUAGCCAAGUUUGUCACCGUAGUAGCUGUGUAGAGGCAUGUAGAGCUGAUCCUUGCGGACAAAAUGCACUUUGUGAAUCUAUUGAUCAUUCAUCGCGCUGCCUUUGCCCUCUAGGCUACAUCGGAAACCCAAGAAUUGAGUGUAAUCCAGAACCUAAACAAACAUUUAUUUGGGAAUGCUAUAACGAUGAAGAAUGUGGAUCAGAAAGAGCUUGCAUCGAUCGGACAUGUAUUAAUCCUUGUCUGAAAUCAUGCGGCAUUGGAGCACUAUGUCGUGUCAUCGAUCAUAAACCACUCUGCACUUGUCCCAGAGGAUAUUCAGGCGAUGCUUUAGAGCGCUGCGUUCCUCCUUCAGAAAAAUCAACUAUACCAGUCGGAUGCAAAGCAAAUUCGGAAUGUCCAUUAUCGCAGGCUUGUGUGAACGGCGCAUGCGCUGACCCGUGUGCUUGUGGUUCAAAUGCAGAAUGCUCAGUCGUACGCCACCAUCCCGUAUGCUUCUGUACAAGCGGUUAUUCAGGAAAUCCUUAUAUUGGAUGCACCAAAGUUGGCUGCUCUUCCGAUUCAGAAUGUCCUGACAAAGACACUUGUUAUAGUGGAGUUUGUAUCAACCCCUGCCUGAUCGAUGCUCCUUGUGCUAUAAGCGCUGAAUGUUAUGGAAAAUCACACCGUCCUAACUGCCGUUGCCCAAUAGGAACAUUAGGUAACCCGUAUACUAGAUGUCAACCUGCAGAAUGCGAAAUAAACAACGACUGUGAUGACAAAAGUAUUUGCGUUAAAGGAGUUUGUCGUAACGCCUGUUCGGUAGAAGGUCAAAAUCCUUGCGCAAGUAAUGCAGAAUGUUUUGCUCGAAAUCACGCUGCUUCUUGUAAAUGCCCACCAAGUCUUCCUGCGGGAGACCCAUUGGUCUAUUGUGAGAAAGUAAACGUGUUUGAAGGACCUGAAUGCCGAAUGGAUGGCGAAUGUCCAAGUGGACAUGCUUGUCUAAGAGACGAAUGCCGUGAAGCUUGCACUGAAUUGAAACCCUGCACUGGAAAUUCGCGUUGUACUGUAUCUGAUAGCAUACCAUUCCGCACUUUAAUAUGCCGCUGCCCCGAAGGAUUUGUACCCGACGAAGCAGGAACCUGCAAACCAGCACAAUUACCACCAUUAAGUUGUUCAUCAGAUGGAGACUGCAAUGAAAAAGAAUCAUGCGUUGAUAGAAUAUGCCGAAACCCAUGUAACUGUGGGGACAAUGCAGAAUGUAUUGUUAAUGAUCAUAGACCGAUCUGUUCAUGCCGAGAUGGCUACGAAGGAGACCCAUACCGAAGCUGCCGCAUCGUUGGAUGCCGAACAGACACAGAAUGUGAAUCUCACUAUGCAUGCAUCAAUGGAAACUGCAUCAGUCCUUGUUUGUUAAACAGCACGUGUGGAUCUAAUGCUGAUUGUUACGUACAAAGAAAUCAGCCAUUAUGCAGAUGCCGUUCAGGAUUCGAAGGGGACCCUUAUGUAGGAUGUAACUCCAUAGAGUGUAGAUCAAACGGUGACUGUCCAUAUGACAAGCAAUGCCGUGCUCAUAGAUGUAUUAACCCAUGCUACAAUGACAACACGUGUGGCACACGAGCUACAUGCUUGGUCAGAAAUCAUAUACCAGUAUGCAAAUGUGAACCAGGUUUCAUAGGAAGUCCGUACAUAGAGUGCAAACCGCAAACUACAACUGAAUGUUAUAUUGACGCUGACUGCCCAUCUAGACAAGCUUGUUUAUCAUCAAAAUGUGUAAAUCCAUGUAUUGAAUUGAAACCUUGCACUACACCCGCUACCUGUGAAGUAUCGCCUACGUUGCCCGUACGGACUAUGCUCUGCACGUGUCCUCCAGGCUAUGUUAGCAACGGUGGAGGAAUUUGUCGACUAGUAACACUUACGAAUGACGUUUGUGAAACAGACCAUAACUGCACCUCAGAUCAUGCCUGCCAAUCUUCCAUUUGCCAAAAUCCAUGCAACUGCGGACCUAACACUGAGUGUCUAAUAAAAGAACAUAAACCAGUAUGCGCAUGUCGACCAGGUUUUAUAGGCGAUCCAUCUGCUGGUUGUUACGAAAUUCUAUGUCAAUCAGAUUCACAUUGCUCAGAUGACGAAUCAUGUAUAAACAACCGCUGUGUGCCGGCUUGUUCAGUAACCAGCGAUGAAUGUGGACAAUCUGCUGAAUGUUACGGAAUUAAUCACCGUUCUUCAUGUCGCUGCUUACCUGGUACUGUUGGCAAUCCUUCUAUCGCAUGCACACCCAUCGGAUGCCGUUCUAAUUCCGAUUGCCCUUCAGAUAGGUCAUGCAUUAACUCGAAAUGUGUAAACCCAUGUACAUCCACAUCAUGCACAGAACCGGCAGAAUGUAAAGUGCUUCUACAUGGAGCACUUUGUAUUUGUCCGCCGUCCUAUGAAAACACCGAAAACGGGUGCGUUCCAUAUACAACAACGCAAUGUAUCAGUGACAGUGACUGUCCUUCAAGAACUGCGUGUCUCAACCAUAAAUGUGUUAACCCAUGUCUAGAAAUAAAACCAUGUGGCAUAAAUGCAGAAUGUAAAGUUGUGGAUACCAGUCCAGUUAGAACUAUGAUAUGUGAAUGUCGAGCGGGUUACAGAGGAAACGCAUUACUCGAAUGCAAGCCCAACAGAGCCAUACCACAAUGUGUAGCCGGCCAAGGUGUUGAUAUAAAUGGUGACUGUAUACCCUGCCUUUAUGAAGACGGUCGAGUAGUUGAUGCGCGCGGACGUUGCGUAUGUGACUCGGAACGUGGAUUUAUUACCCGAGGCGAAAUUUGCGUAGUCGGAGGUUGCCGCACCGAUGACAACUGUAAUGACCGUUCUCGCUGUAUUAACGGACACUGCGUUGAUGCUUGUAAAGCAGAGCCAUGCGGCAUUAAUGCGACUUGUGAUGCAGUCGAUCACCGCUCCCAUUGUACUUGCGUUGCUGGCUACACCGGCAACCCGAGAGUUCAAUGCAAUAGCCCACCGACCAUGUAUCGCACUGACUUCCCGACACCAGAUAUACAGGUGGAAUGCUUAGCCGACGGAGUGCGUGUUCGACUGAAGAUCAAAGACUUCAACGGAUUACUAUAUGUAAAGAGCUACAGUAAGGAUGAGCGCUGUCGGAAAGCUGUGGAAAUGCCUAAAGAUGAAGAUAAUAACUUCGUUUUCUUUACCGUACACUUUGGUGAUUGCGGCUUAGUACAUGUCAAUGGUUUGGCAAGCUUCGUUCUCGUCAUGCAGACACACUUGAAAUUAGUAACAUCAACUACGAAAGCUUUCCAUAUUAAAUGUAUCUACAAAACUGGCGAGCAAAACGUAACGCUUGCGUUCAACGUGUCCAUGCUCACAACGGCCGGCACCAUCGCCAACACCGGACCGCCACCCACCUGCUCCAUGAGAAUAGUAUCCCGCUCCGGUGAUCAAGUUAGCUCGGCUGAAAUUGGAGAAAAUCUCAUCUUGCAAGUCGAUGUUCAACCAUCCAGCAUUUACGGUGGAUUUGCGAGAAGUUGUAUCGCUAAGACAAGCGAGGUAUCGACAAAUGUUGAGAAUGAGUAUCAAGUCACGGACGCCGAUGGUUGUGCCACGGAUACAGCUAUUUUCGGCGAGUGGGAACGAAGCGAAGAUGGUAGCGCGUUGCGUGCUUCGUUUAACGCUUUCAAGUUCCCGAGUAGCGACAACAUACGAUUCCAAUGCAACAUAAGAGUGUGCUUCGGAAAAUGUCAACCGGUUAAUUGCCGCGGUUCAGAUGCUUUUGGUAAACGAAAGAAACGAGAAGCGAUCGAAAGCGAUGUCGCGUCGAUAAGUGAAGGACAACUUCGCGAGGAGGUGACUGUGGAGUCGAAUCAGAUUUUGACUCUUGAGCGACGCGACGCCUCUCGAGUGGCCCGACAGCGGGACGGAUCCGGAGCUGAAGGAACGAGCGGGUCGGCCGGCGGCGAGGUGUGUGUGUCGGCGGCCGGACUGGCGGUCGCGCUGGCGCUCACUGCCCUGCUCGCACUAGUCGCCGUCGCGGCUGCGGUCGCCUGCUGGCUGGUGGCGUGGAGGCGGGCGCGCCCGCCGCCCGCUCCUCUGCCGCACCCGCCGGACUUCCCGAACCCGCUGUUCCAGCGCUGAUACGCGGCGCGCCAGCCUAGUC